AUGGCUGCCCACGCCUAUUCAGGGCCCGUCGCUGUCCACGACGCCGCCCCUUUGCCUGUCAUGGGCGCGGAAAGGACUGCUACAGAAGGCGUGUCCGCGACAGCCCAUCUGGACGCCAAGGACGAAGAUGCGCCUGCUGCUGACAAAGACGACGACGACGAUGGCGCGGUCUGGGACACGGCGUCCCUGUAUGAGGAGAUCCUCGACGAGGUGGAUGCUUUUGAGUACUCUGGAAAUGCCGCCGAGACGUGCACUGCAGAAGAGGCAAGGGCGCUGCGUCAGCGACUGCACGAGGUCGGCGCAAGCCAAUUUGUUUUGGAAAACAUCACCAACGAGAAGAUGACGGCCCGCAAGCUGUGCACGGCGUUCGGGGUCAAGAUCCCAAAGUUCAUGGAAGACGCCUCCGACGACAACUUCUAUCAGCUGCUCGGGCUGGCCAUCAACCGCGAACUGAACAAGCGCCCGCGACUGGAGCAGUACAAGACAAUUGACGACGCUGCCAAGCUGCUGCGCGAGCGCAAGAACAUCAUGAUCAUUACCGGCGCGGGCAUCUCAACGAGUCUCGGCAUCCCCGACUUUCGCUCAAAGAACACGGGUUUCUACUCGCGGCUGCUGCAAAUGGGCUACGAGGAACCCGAACAGGUCUUUGACAUUCACAACUUCGACGAAGACCCGCGGACCUUCUAUGCGCUUGCUGGUGACAUCAUCCCAGACCUCGAGAAGUGGACACCGACGCACGAGUUCAUACGGCUACUGCAAGACAAAGAGAAGCUGCUCACCAAUUACACGCAGAACAUCGACAAUGUGGAAGCGAACGCGGGCAUACUGAAGGACAAGUUGAUCCAGUGCCACGGCUCUUGGGCGACUGCAACUUGUGAAGACAUCUUCGACUCGGUGCGCGCGCAAAAGCCGGCCGAGUGUAAGCGAAGCCAAGCCCUGAAGCGCAAACGGACGUCGAAUGGCAGUGGUCCUAGGAAGAAGAAAUCAAGUGACGAGGACUCCGAGUCGGACGGCGCAUACGAUAUCCCCCAGCCCGGUAUCAUGAAGCCAGACAUCACCUUCUUCGGCGAAGCGCUCCCAAACAACUUCUUCGACCGGCUGAAAGACGUCGACAAAGACAAGGUAGAUCUGGUCAUUGUCAUGGGCACGAGCAUGAAGGUCGCUCCCGUGUCAGAAAUUCCCAACUUCCUGCCCCGCGACGUGCCGCAGAUCUAUAUUUCGAGAGAUCCCAUACACCACAUAAAUUUCGACAUCAAUCUCCUCGGAGACUGCGAUGUCAUCGUCGCCGAACUCGCCCGCCGCGCAGGCUGGACCCUCAAACAUAAGAUGAUACCCGAGGGUCAUGAGAACGAAGUUUCGACAAUCAACGAAAUCGACCAUGUAUAUAGCGUCAAGGCCCGGGGCCCCGAAUCGCAACCAAUCAAGAACGAGAUCAAGCAUGGAGCAUUCGACAGCGUCGUAAAGAGCUCACAGUCAUGAGGAUACUCAAAGUGGCACAUUGGCGUAUAUAUUGGAGGCGUUGGAAAGGCAUUGCACGAGGUGUUUCUGUUGAUUAUAUUGUACGGAAGUCACGAUGAGUUCAUGGAUUGGGUUGCUAUGUGUCAUGUUGGGCUUGUGGUUCAUGAUACUGUUGACCUGAGAUGAGCUGCUAUUUGGCCUAUUUCAUUUGAAACGCAUGAAUAGAUUUCUCUGUAAUUGAAAUACACUGUAUAUGCUUU